AACAAGAGGAAAAAAAAAAUGGCAGAAGAUGGAAUAAGAAAGGAUUUAAUUGCAGUAGUUACUGGUGGAAACAAAGGCAUAGGGUAUGAGAUCUGUAAACAACUAAUGGAAAAAGGAGUUAUGGUUGUUUUAACAGCUAGAGAUGAAAAAAGAGGAGUAGAAGCUGUUGAAAAACUGCAAUCUUCUCUUGUUGUGUUUCAUCAAGUUGAUGUUGUGGAUCCACAAAGUGUUUCCUCUUUGGUCAACUUCAUCAAAUCUAAUUAUGGAAGACUUGAUAUUCUGGUAAAUAAUGCAGGAGUUAAUGGAUUAAUGGUAGAGGGAGAUGUUUCAAUCCUUCCAGAGGUGAUAGAACGAGAAGCUUUUCGAGGUUCCAGUGACACAACUGAGGAGAAUGAACUUCCACCAAUAAAGUCAAAUGGAAAACUGAUAGAGAAUUUUGAAUGGGCAGAAGAAUGUAUAAGAACUAACUAUUAUGGAGCAAAAACAAUGGUUGAUGCCUUUAUUCCACUACUCCUCUUAUCUCCUUUACCAAGGAUUGUUAAUGUUUCUUCUUUGCUUGGAAAGAUAAAGCUAGUAUCAAAUGAAUGGGCCAUAAAGGCUUUAAGAGACGAGAAAAGUCUUACAACAGAAAAAGUGGAUGAAAUAGUGAAUGAAUUCCUUUGUGCCUUCAAAGAGGGUGUAUUAGAAGAAAAAGGUUGGCCCAUUGAUCUUGCAGCUUAUAAAGUGUCAAAAGUGGCCAUGAAUGCACACACAAGAAUUGUGGCCCAAAAGUAUUCUUCUAUUUGUGUCAACUGCAUUUGUCCUGGCUUUGUUAACACAGAUAUUACUUGUAAUACUGGGCCUAUGACUCCAGAAGAAGCUGCUAAAGGCCCAAUAGGUCUGGCCCUUUUGCCUGAUGGUGGGCCUUCUGGCCACUUCUUUUACCGGAAGAACAUACCCAUAUCAUUCUAAAAAAAGCAAAAAGCCCAAUUUCUGGGUCCAGUUACUUUUAGAUAAAACAUGGCAUGAGCUUGUAAUAUUCUUAUUUAAAAUUUUAAAAUGAAUUUUACCACAAUCUCAGAUUAAUAAUAAUUCUCUCUUGUUU